UGAAGAAACUUCUGCAGCCAGGUGUACAGUCGAAUACUGUCUAAACAUGAACAAGAUCGUGCUACUUUCCCUGGUGUCCUUGGCCGCGAGCGUGCCAGUGAUCGUGCAAGACCACCACCAACACUUUCAGCCUCAACUUCAAGGUGGUUUCCACCCUGUGGAAAGGUCUGACCAGGAGAGUCUGGGCACGUCGUCGGGCGGUAGUUACGGAGGCGGGGGUGACUACGGUGGCGCGGGUGAAUACGGCGGUGGUUACGGAGGAGGGGAUUUCGGCGGGGGCCACGAAGCCGAAUUUGGCGGGGGCCACGGCGGGGGCUUCGAGGGAUCUUCCGGGGGGCAUUUGGAGGUUGGCGGUGACCAUUCGGAUUACUCGUCUCUGGGAGGAGGUGGCGGAGGCCUGGAAGGUGGAGACGAGGGUGGAGUUUCAUUGGACGGGGGUCAUCACAGUGUAGUGCAAAGCGUUCCAGUGUCGGAGCACGUCGAGGUGACCAAGCCUGUGCCCGUCAAAGUGGUCAAACACAUCGGGGUACCAGUUCCUCAAAUCUUGAAGAUAGGUGUACCCCAUCCGGUGCCAGUCGGUGUUCCUCAACAGUAUCCGGUAGCGCAUCCGGUUCCAAAAUUGGUCCCGGUACAAGUGGUGAAGACGGUGGCCGUGCCUGUGGAGAAGAAGGUCCCUUUCCCAGUUGAGAAGCAUAUUCCAGUGCCUGUCGAGAAGCCGAUCCCUAUCACGAUAGAGAAACACGUGCCGGUGCCUGUUAUCAAACCGUAUCCCAUCAAAAUACCCGUGUACAAGACGAUCUAUCACCACGCGAAGAAGCAUUAA